UAGGCUUUGGGGGAAAUAAAUACCGAGGGGGGGCAGCUGAGUUUUGGGGUGAAUCCCCGGGGUUUUGGGGCCGGAGCACCCCCCCCCCCCCCCCCCCCCGCGCUCGUUUUUGGGCUCAAUCCGGAGGUUUUUGGGGCCGCCGCCAUGUUCUACUACCCGGAGGUGCUGCAGCGGCACACGGGCUGUUUCGGCACCAUCUGGCUGGCGGCCACGUGCAGCUCGCGCCUGCUGCGCCGGGAGUACCUGGGCGUGGACGUGCCGCGCGCGUGCGCGGCCGUGACGGCGUUCGUGAUUGGCCGAGGAGGCUGGGAGGUCCCGCCCCCCCCGGCUGGGGCUCCGCCUCCCCGUUGCUCCCUGUACCUGGCGGCGCUGCUGCAGCUGGGGCUGGUGCGGGUGCUGGGGCGGCAGUGGGGCUGGCUGCUGGAGGAGGCAGCCCAGGUCCUCGGCCGCCUGCACCGAGCGCGGCCCCCGGCCAACAUCGACGUCAGCCCCCCGCGGCGGCUGCAGCUGGUGCCGGACGCCCGGGCGCUGAUGGCGGCGCUGGAGCUGGCCCCAGAUCCCUUCUUCGGGGUGAUGGGCCCGGGGCUGCCCAGCCCCACGGAGCUGCCCGAGCUGCGGCUGGAGGAGCUCCCCCCCGCCGAGGUCCCGGCCCCCCCGGGGCCCCCCCUGACCGUGUCCCCCGAAAUCAUCACCCUGCGCGAGCCCGAGCUCCUCGUCCUGCCGGCCCUCGAGGUGGGGCUGCCCCACGGCGGGGAGAGACGGGGGUGGGGGGCUGCCCCACGGCUAUGGGGGGGUUGGGGGGCUGCCCCACGGCCAUGUGGGGCGCUGGCGCAGGAGGAGCUGCCCGAGGUGACGGCGCGGGAGCUGGAGCUCCUGAUGGAGGUGGAGGGCGAGCUGCUGCCCCCCGUGGAGGAAAUCCCCGAGGUCCCGGCGCCGCCCCCGCCCCUGCCACCCAGAGUCCCCGAGGAGCCCACCCUGCCCCCGCCGCCCCCCGAGGCCCCCCCUCGCCGCCGCCGCCGCCCGCCCCUCACCGACCCCCAGCCCCAGAUCCCCCAGGCCGAGUUCCAGGCCCAGCUGCUCCGGCCCCACGGCCACUGCCGGGAGCUGGUGCUGCUGGAGCCGCCCCCCAAGCGGCGCCGGACCCCGAGCGAGCUGCUGCGGAACCCGACCUGCGCCUGGCUGCCCCCCGAGUUAUGGGGCCUGUGGGAUCGCUGCGCACGCCGGCCCCCCCCGGCGCCCCCGGCCCCCCCGGAGCUGCCCAGCGAGGUGGAGGUGCCGCGGGAAGCGCUGGAGCCCAGCCUGCCAGCCCUGCCCCCCUCGGGUGAGGCGGCGGUGGGGCAGCCGUGGGGCGGCUCUGGGGUUGCUAUGGGGCGGCUGUGGGUCACCGUGGGGUGCCGUAGGGUGGCUGCGGGUCGCUAUGGGUCACUGGGGGGUUGCUGUGGGUCACCAGUGCUGGCUGUGGGGCAGCUGCAGGUCGCUGUGGGGCAGCUAUGGGUCGCUGUGGGGCAGCUGUGGGUCACUAUGGGUCACUGUGGGGUGGUUGUGGGUCGCUAUGGGUCACUGUGGGGUGGCUGUGGGUUACUGUGGGUCACUGUGGGGCAGCUAUGGGUCACUAUGGGUCACUCUGUGGGUCACUGUGGGGUCGCUGUGGGGCGGCUGUGGGUCACUGUGGGGCAGCUAUGGGUCACUAUGGGUCACUGUGGGGUGGUUAUGGGUCGCUGUGGGGCGGCUGGGGGUCGCUAUGGGUCCCCCGCCCCAGAGGUGUCCCUGGAGGUGAUAGAGGAGGAGGCCCGGCCCCCGCUGCUGCCCCCCGAGGAGCGACG